AUGAUUUAUAGUUAAUAGAGCAAAAUAUAUAAAAUAUUAUUCAUAUUUAAGAUUUUGUAACAAAUUAAUAAUGUUCUAAAUUCUAAAAUUUAGAAAUAACCUAAUUCAAUAGAAAACAAUAAAUUAUUUUUCAAUAUUCAAAAAUAUUUAUCAAGCUCAACAAUUUCAAUUAUCCACUUUAAAAUACGAAUGAUUAUUUUUAUAAUUUCCAAAUUAUUGAAAAAUUUCACUCUAAAUUUAAAAAAAAGUCACUCAAACAAUUCAAUUAUCUAAGAGUAUUAUUUAAUUUAUUAUUAAUUAUGCUUAGAAUAAAUAAUUAGAAUAACCUUAUGUUGAACUAUCAUCAAAGAUUAUAAAAUUACGGUAAGAAUUUGAUAAUUUGGAUUAAUUUUAAUUAGUAAAUUAGAAAUUUUUGUUUAGUAGUCAAACCAGUGAUGAGCCAAAUUUAUAAAAUACCAUCAAGACAAGAUAUUAAAUGA